AUGCCUUUUGACCAAACUGAGGCAACUCUGGCAAAAAUGCUGCAGCAGCAGCAGCAGCAGCAGCAGCAAGAAGAAGCAUUACAUCAGCAGCAGCAGCAGCAGCAGCACAAAGCACAUCAGCAGCAGCACCAACACGAAGUGCAUCAGCAGCAGCAGCAAGAUCCGGCACAGAAGCAGCAGCAGCAGCCGGAUGCAGUACACAAGCAGCAGCAGCAAUUCCACGCAGUAAAUAAGCAGCAGCAGCAGCACAAAGGAAUGCAUGAGCAGCAGCAACAAGCAGCACGCCAGCAGCAGCAGCGGUCCGACAGAGGCCGCAGCAGCAGCAGAAAGCGGGGCAGCAGCAGCAGCAGCAGCAGCAGCAGCAGCAGCAGCAGCAGCAAGAAGCAGCACAUAAGGACAAAUCCCCUGCGGGGAAACUGGAACGAAAGGUAUUUGGAGGUGAGGGGUGGGCAAAUGAGCAGCAGCAGCAGCUGUGCAGCAGCAGCAGCAGCAGCAGCAGCAGCAGCAGCAGCAGCAGCAGCAGCAGCAGCAGCAGCAGCAGCAGCAGCAGCAGCAGCA